UCCAACCCCUAGGAGUCAGACCCAGAGAGGAAGCAGAAGACUGCUAAAUGUCUGACAUUCCGCGGAAAUCAUGGAAAACCCGGCAAACAACAGCAAGCACGCUGAUAGCACGGGAGACUGCGCCAUCUGCUUGGAGAGGAUUCAGAGGAAGAAAACGCUCAAGUGUCAGCACUCUUUCUGCUCGGAGUGCAUCGACUCAGUUUUCAGACUGAAGCCCGCAUGUCCGAUAUGCAACACAUUCCACGGAGUGUACACGGGGACCCAGCCGCAGGGCACGAUGACGGUGACCCACAGCUUUCUGAAGCUGCCGGGCUUCGAGAACUGCGGCUCAAUCGUCAUCCAGUACAGUUUCCCAGGGGGGAUACAAGGGGCUGAACACCCAAAUCCCGGCGUGAGGUACAGCAGCACCUCUCGUAUUGCCUACCUGCCAGAUUGUGCAGAGGGACAGAAGGUCUUGAGGCUGCUAAGGAAAGCAUUCGACCGAAGACUUACUUUUACCGUUGGACGGUCGGCCACCACAGGCCUCAACAAUGUCAUUACCUGGAACGACAUUCACCACAAGACCAGCAUAAAUGGUGGCCCAGAGAGUUUUGGUUAUCCAGAUCCAGCGUACCUGUUCAGGGUUCAAGAGGAGCUUCGUCUUAAAGGUGUAACAGAGGAUGCCUGAUUGUUCAAAAACAUUUUUUAGACAGACUUAGUGCUGCUCUUAAUAAAGUUCCCAGCUGCAAAUCUGCACUUUUCAACAGUAAUGUUCACCACGAAUACUUGAAGAUGUGUUUUUUUGGGGGGUUUUUUGUAUGUGACCUGGGCUAAACUGAGGGAGAAGUUUAGCUUUUCCAAAGACCUUUUCUGCUUUAUUCCUGUUAUGUAGCUGAUUUACUUUAAGCCAAUAAGCAAGACGAGUUUGGUAUUGAUUUCAUUAGUGUAUACAGCACCGUUCACAUUUUUUAGCAGUCUUGGUAAAAAAGUGUGGAAAGUAGACAAACUAAGUUAAUCUUUUGUCACCUUAUUCUGAUCACACACUGAAAAACAUCCUGUUUACCUCAUUGAGUUCUAAGUGUUUCAAGCAUCACUCAGGAUGUAGUGGAAAAGAGGCUUUCCUGGAAUGGCAUGUAUCCAUUUUGAAGAGUGACUAGGAGAAAUGGACCUGUAUUUAUUUACCUAUUUAUUUAUAACUCCAGCAAACAGAAAAAUGUGGAUUAGAUUUUGAACAAUACAAAAAAGUAAAGUAGUCAUUCAAAAAACUAAAAAUACACUUAGGAGUUGAACAUCAUUUUUAGGUGAAGGUUGAAUUUUUUGUGGCAGACGGGUAGAUUAGUUUAUUUAAAGGACUUUUACACAUUUCUUUUCUUUUUUUUUCUCCAGAGAUGCCAAUAAAAUUAGAGAGUGCUUUGUUUGUAACAAUUUAUUUGCACUGGAUGGAAACAUAAUAUGAAUGAAAAGCGAUUGUUUUCUAGGGUCUAUGGCAGAGUCAGAUAAAUGAUCCUGUAUAUUAUUUUGUUGACAAUCAGUUCUGUUUAUUGAAAACGCUUAAAAUAUUUUGCAAAAUAAUUUUUGUUCUUUUCCAGCUUCCUUCUUUAAAAAGUGCAAACGCAUGCAAA